UUCACAAAGGUUCCUUCUGCUUUUGUUUAGGAUCAUGAAGUGGAUUUGUAUGUGGGAAUCGCCAAAUGUCUGUCUGAGAUGUCUGAUGCAGAGAUCGACCGGAUCACCAAAGUAACCGAGGCUCAGAUGGAGAAGACCUGCUUCGUGCUGGCCUACCUGACCUCCCGGGGCAGAGUCCCCCUGCUGGGGCUCAAUGACGUCAUCGCGGGGGUGCUCCAGGGCUGGCCCCAGCACAGAGUCGGCUGGCUCCUUCUGCAGACAUUCUACCAGUGUCGCCUCGCAACCAACCCUAACACAGGCGUUUCCAAACGAUUGGAAUGGCUUCUGGAGCUGAUGGGACACAUCCGAAAUGUUGCCUACGGUGCAACCCCCGUCACAUGUGGAGACACGAAACAGGCCACAGACUUCCUGUUCCAGGUGUUUGCUGCAGCUGUGGUUUCCUGGGGGGACCACUCCAUGCCCCUCCUCUUUGGCAUUAGGGCCCAGUGGUUCCCGUGGCAACCCGGCUCCAAGCCCCAAACCCUACAACACGGUCUGUACGGUGAGGAGUCCACUGAAUACGCCCUGCCACAGUGCAUGCUGGGAAUGCCCCACAGCCUGGCUCUGCUUCUGAACAAAGAGCCCUGGAGCAGCCAGACACACAAGUUCAUAGACUGGCUUUUCAGCAUCACAGAAGGUCCUGAACAGAGUCUGUCGGCCACAACCAUCAGCACAGCCAAAGCCGCCCUGCUGGCCCUCAAGUCCUCUGCCGAGUUUAAGAAGAAAGCUGUGUGGACCAGAGCGUACGGGUGGUAGCCCAGAGGAGCCAUGACAGACUGUUACCGUGGCAACGCUUACAGGUGUUCUUCACAAAUAAAUGGCUGCAGUAUUAAUAAGCUCGGAUGGCUGGACAUGUGAGGCUCUCUGCAUCAACAUGGAGAAAGUGAAGCUCCACUUCAUCUCAUACAGCGACAUCAGAGGAAUGUGCUCCAAAACAAUAUAUUCCAAUAAAAAGAUUCAAAUACACAACAUAUUUAAUGAUGUUGAAUUUGAUUCUAUGGCUCUUCAGUUCAAGAUCUUCUUUUCAUUAUAGUUUGAAAUGUUUGUGCAUCUUAAUGCACAACAAACUUGCUAAAAAAGUAACAGCACGCAUGGUAUUUUAGAAAAAAAUAAACUUCCGAGGGAAUUCCUGAAGUGAGUCUUAACGUGUCAUUUCAUUUUCAUUUUCUUGUUCCAUUUGCCCAGUUGGUGGUGUCUCUCCUUCAGUAGUUGCCAGACUGUCACAGUUGCCCCUAAAAAAAAACAUUUUUGUCAAAGUAUGGUUGUUUGAAAUUAUUACCAAAAACAACUGCAACAAGAUGGUUUUUACAAAAAGAAUAAUAUGAUGGUCAUUAUAUAAAAGGAACCUCUGAUUCAAGACUCUGCCGGGAUUCCGUUUGCUGUUUAUAAAUCUACCCAAUAUGUAUCUUUCUUUACUUUUGUAUGAGAGAUUGCAAUUGUGCUUCUUUUAUGUAUCUGGUUUGGUUCAAAAUGCAACACAAGAUGGUAUAGAGCAGGGGUGUCAA